AAAUCGUUCAUUUUCGACGGGUAGGUUUUCGCAGACGGACGGAGAAGAAAUUUGUGCAUCGAAAAUUGCAAUUUUAAUAUUUAAAGCCGUGUGUGCUGCGCCACAGAUAUUGAUAAAGAGUUUAUCGCACUUGUGCGAAAACACAGGUCUACCAAGCUUACGCGGCUUGAAGGCGAUAGGCCCCAAAUUCGCCCUGGAACUGGUAGGCAAUUGCGUGUGAAAAAAAAAAAAUCAUAAAGAAAAGAAAAGAAGAGCAGGGGCUGAAAACCGUCGAGAAAUCGUUGUCGUCGUGCUCGCUACAAUUGUUUGCUUUUGGCCAGAGAAAUUUGUGUGCUUGUUGGCAGAGACACUUAAUAAUACUUUGUAUUUCGGAGUGAGUGCGCAGUGAGCAACAUAUUUAAUCAAGAUGAGUGGGGGAUUGCCGGAGUUGGGCUCCAAAAUCAGCCUUAUUUCCAAGGCAGACAUUCGAUAUGAGGGCCGCCUGUACACCGUGGAUCCGCAGGAGUGCACCAUUGCGCUCUCGAGUGUGCGAUCUUUUGGCACAGAAGAUCGGGACACCCAGUUCCAGAUUGCGCCUCAGUCGCAGAUCUACGACUACAUCCUCUUCCGGGGAUCGGACAUCAAGGACAUUCGCGUCGUCAACAACCAUACUUUGCCGCACCACAAUGACCCGGCGAUCAUGCAGGCGCAGCUCCAGAACGGACCGCCCCAGAUGCCGCAGCACUUUCCCAUGCCGAGCGGGAUGAACGCUCCGCCGCAGCAGCAGCAGGUGCCUUCGCAGCAACCGCCGCAGAUGUCGGGUGCAGGAGGUGGUGGUGGUGCCGGCGGAGCAGGAGCUCCUGGCGGAGGCGCUCCCGGCUACGGCAACGGAAAUCCGUUUGGCAACCUUGGAGGUCCGAACCUAGCCAAUAUGGUGGGCAAUGCGGGCGGAUCGCUCGCUCCUGGAUCCGGAGCACCGGGCAGCGGACCAUUUAUGCACAUUGGCGGCAACCAGCAACAGCAGAAGCCUCAGCAGCAGAAACAGCCAAUUUCCGUUCUAGACAUGCUGGCCGGAGCAUCGCGCUCGACGACGCCCAUUAGCCUGAUUGUGAGUCCGACGGCGGAGCUGACCCAGCAGCAGCAGCUGCACCAGCAACAGAACGCUGGCCAGGGUGGAAACGGUCGCGAUGCAGGACAUAAGCGCCAGAACCAUCAGCAGCAGCAGCGGGGCGGCGGUCCCGGCCAAAACAACAUGCAGCAGCAGCAACAGCGCGGCGGCAGUGGCACGGACUUCUAUAACCAGCACUACCAGCAACGGGAUCGCCGUGAUUCCGGCCGUCAGAUGGACAACAACUUCAGCAACAAUUACAACAACAAUCAGCGUAAUCGCGGCGGCGGUAAUGGCAUGCAACAGCAGCAGCAGCAGCGAGGAGGAAACGGCGGCGGUGGCGGAGGCGGCGGAAAUGGAGGUGGCAACAAUCCAGCUUGGAACAUGCACCGCGGUGGCCAGAACUCGAACAACAUUAUGAUCCGUAACCGUGGAAUGGGAUCUCGAGGCCCCAUGCGUCCCAAUCAGGGCUAUCGUCCGCAGUCGGCCAACCAGAACAAGCCUCGUAACAAGAUCAAGUUCGAGGGCGACUUUGAUUUCGAACAAGCCAACAACAAGUUCGAGGAAUUGCGUUCCCAGCUGGCCAAGCUCAAGGUGGGCGAGGAUGCCGCCACAAAACCAACCACCAACUCCACGGCAACCACUGCAACUGCAACCAAUGAGCAGGUGGGUGAGAAGGUUGAAGAUGCUCAUACAUUGAACGGAGAGACCGACAAGAAGGAUGACUCCGGUAAUGAGACCGGCGCUGGUGAGCACGAGCCCGAGGAGGAUGACGUUGCUGUGUGCUACGACAAGACCAAAUCGUUCUUCGACAGCAUCUCUUGCGAGGCUGCUCAAGAUCGCAGCAAGAACAAGAAGAAUGAUUGGCGCCAGGAGCGCAAGUUAAACACGGAGACCUUUGGAGUUUCCUCCACCCGUCGUGGAAGCUACCGAGGACGCAACCAUUACUACAACAACAACGGCAACAUGGGCGGAGCGGGCAACGGCGGCAUGAACUCUGGAUACGGAGGCGCGCCCGGCUACAACCGCAACAACUAUCGCAUGGGAGGCGGUGGCAACUUCCGCAACAGGAGCAACAAUCGCAACAACGGCGGCGGCAAUCGUGGCGGCAACGGCAUGCCAAACAUCACCAACGGCAACACCGCCGCAGCACUGAAGGCGGCCAACAAUGUGGGAUCGGGAGCCAAUGCCACGGAAUCAAAUGCACCGAACGCCACAACUACGACGACAAAGUCGACGUCCCUCUUGCCAGAGCAGACGCAACAGGUGGCGGCAGUUUCUCAAUAAUGAUGUCGCCCAGCCAGUGGAAAACCACUUUAAAUAAAACAACAACAAAAUUGAUAGAAACGAAUUAAGAAGAAAGUAAAAAUAUCCUAUUCUUUGCAAAGCUAAUUAUUCGAAGCAACCCAAUCAACCGACCGACCGAACGAUCGACGACACACAGGCUCUUAUUAUCAGGAAUUUCGAGUUAUGGAUCUAACGGCAUAAUAUAUUUGUAUAAUUAAACUUAGUGUUACAAUUCUCACGACGUCCUGGGGCGCACUCUGCUGCCCGCCCACCACCGUGUGCUUGGCGAAGAUUAGAGCGAUUUACGACUAGCGACUAGCGACUGUGAAUGUGAACGUGAACCGGCCAUCUGUUAGGUUUUGUGUAAAUGGCUGGUUCCAACGCCUUUCGCUGAGCAGAGAACACGGUAUUGAUAACGAGGAGAUAAUGGCUCGCCUGCGCAUACAUACAUAUAUUUAGUAAUAGAUGUGAAGAACAUAGUAAGCAUAAGUAUAUGAAAAGCUACAAAAAACAAAACAACAAAAAACUUACCAGAAACACGGAGAAUAAGCGGAGGAGUCGAUAACAAUAAUGAAAUUAAUGGAGCAAAACAAUUAAAUCCAUGGAAUUCCCAAAACUAAAAUAAAAGCUAAUUAACACGUUUUUAUUUGAAUGAAAGAAAAAAACAAAAUUGUAAUACUGUAUUUCUUGUGGGCGUAAAACAUCGACCAACACUCGAAUCGUUUUACUAGCAUUUAAAAAUAUUGUUUAAGAGCAUUUUAAAUAUGAACAUGAAAAUAAAAUCGGCAGCUAUGCUUGUUGGAAAAGCACAAUUGUAAAAAGUCAAUCCAGCCCAGCUGAAGAGUGAAGAGAGUCUCCAAAUGAAAAUGUGAAAAAAUAACCAGUAGCAAAUUGAUCAUUAUUUUAAAGUCAGCCAGAAAAAGUCCAAAGUAAAGUUUUCUAUAGUUUAUUAUUUUCUGAUCUCGGUUGGGCUGCAAAAGUGCACGUUUUUCCGCCACGCCUGCAAUGAAAUGUAUACUUACGAUUUGAAACGAUACGAUUUUCUCGAUGUAAAUGUUAAGAUUGUGUGAUUACUGGCUGCUCCGGUUGAAAUCGAGGCCUUGAAACCGAGUAAAAUUACGUGUGUGCAUGCAUAUGUUUCCAGCUGAAGUCCUUUAGAUAUUUGUUUGUUAUCCUUGUAUCCAGAUAUAUAUUUGUAUUGAAUUCAGCACAAACCGCCGCCAAGUGCCGAAUAGAGUCCGGUUUGGUUAUCGGAGAACAGUAGUUAACAGGCACUUUCUGAAGCGGAAGGGGAGGAGUCACCACACAUUUCAAUAUUAUGUAAUCAUUAAUUAUGUAUCUAAUUGUAUGUAAUAUGUAUAUCUCCAUAUAUGCUCACCCUGAUUAGCUCUACAUAUGUAUGUAUGUAUAUAAAUACGAAAUUACCAAGUUCAACACUGAAAAACACGUUUCGCAAGUAAUGGCUAAAUUGUAAAGACUACCACGUAUUGAAAUUAAAACUUAAUACCAUGUAAUAAAAGAUAAUUGAAUUCAACAGUAA